AUGAGGUUCUUUACCACGCUUCUGGCGCUCACUGCAGCUGCCACCGCGGCAGUUGUCAAGAGAGACAUGUCCACGGCUGUCCACCUCCCCUUGGAGGUGUUCGACAUCGCCAGCACGAAAUCCAACCCAAGCAUCGUCGCCAGACAGGAGCCACCAUUUCAGACCAAGAACUUGCGCUACGCCGACAUCUACCAGUCCAGCUCAGAUGACUGCACCGCCGAUCGCAAAAUGCUUUCCUUCGAUGGCGGCAAGUACGGCGAGCCGGAGCAGAAAUUCUGCCAGGACUUCGACACCCAGAGCGUUCGCUCGUACACCAUCGAAUCGGGUACGGGAUGCGGUGCGUACAUUCAAGAGGGCACCUGCGAGACUGGAGAUCCCCAGAAACUCCUGGAACUUGGUGGUGCUUGCGCUCAGGCGUUCACGGAGGAGGCUGCGCCGACUGCGCAGAGUCUCCUCGUGCUCUGCAAUGCAGGCGCUGGCGACUUGGGAAUUCCACCGAAGUCUCUCAAGGGCCGCGAGGAGGAUUCAAAUGCCAUCUCCGAGCGCGGCGAACACGCCGUCUCCAUCCCUCGAGCCGAUCAGCGCUGGGUCAAGUACUGGCUCACGGACAACGACCAGUGCCAGACGACGCCUGACGACUCCGGCACCAUCUACAGCGGCAACAUGGGCGACAACUUCUCGGAGCAGUGUCAGACUCGCGAUGCGCUGGGUGGUCCUACAUGGGUUGACGUCUCGGAUUCGCAUGGAUGCGACCUGUACAUUCAGCAGGGCGACUGUGAUGCUGCCGGAUCGCUUCCACUGCCUCUUUCGCAGGGACAGUGCGUUCGGGUUUCGCCGGAGUGGGAGGGUAGCGUGUGGAGCUUGAAGGCAGUUUGCUCUGGUUGA